AUGCCGGAAUUAGCCAGACGUUGCGGGCAGUCUGAGCCGCACCGCUCUGCAUUUAGUAAACCCCUGUAUUGCCCAAUCACAUCGUCCGAUUCUGUUAUUUACAUCAUGGCUGCCGGUAGAAAGCAGGAUGCUAUGGAUACUGAAAGUGACAAUAAUAUUCAAGCAUGGAAACGCAAGACAGAAAAAGCAAAGAAAUCGGAUAUCCUAAAAGAACUCAACAAAUUACGAGUACAAAUUGUUGCCCUUGACAGAGAAAAAUCAACUCAUCUUUACAGCAAGAGAAAUGAUUUUCGACAAGAUUUUCUCCCGCUUCAAGAAAUGGAAACAAAGGCAACAGAGAGUAGGAAAUCAGAGCAAAUUAAAUUAAAACAGCAGCUUGAGAAGAUCAGCCACAUGGUAAAGAGAUUCCAUACAGAACUGAAGGAUGUAAAGCCCACACCAGAGUUCGUAGAAAAGCUGAAAAUUAUCAUGGAAGAAAUAGAAAGCACAAUCAAUGCUUUUAAGGAGCAACAGAGAAAACAAUAUGAGGAGUUGAUGAGAGAAGAAAGGACAACUACGCAGGAGAUUCUGGCUCUGGAGAAGAAGUUUGAAGCAUGGUCUCAGAUGGGGGACGAUCUACCAUCAGCGAGAAAGGCUGCGCCCUCUGCCCCAUUAACUAGUGCUCGAGACAUCACCAAGGAUCUCCCUCCUGAGGUUGCUGCAUUCGAAAAAUUUCUUGAGCAGACAGGAGGCAUACGAGGAGGAUGGGAUGAAUAUGAUCAUCAGACUUUCCUUAAGUUUAGACAUAGAAACAAGGGUCGGCCAGCUUUCUUACAUCAAUGUCUUAUAGCCAUUCCAACUCGUACCGAGGAAGAAAUUACGAAUCAUGAAGACUGGUACCAAACCUACCUUGACAUGAACGAGAGUAAAAAAGAGAGUAUACGCAAGUGGAAAGACAGAAAACAGAGAGAGAAAGACGACCUAGUAUCUCUUGCUGAUGACAGCCUCAAUAACAAAAAGAAGAGAGAGGAGGAGAAACAGCAAGCCAUUAAAGAGAGAAUGGAAAAUGAGAAAAUGGAAAGAUUUUCAAAACUGAACGCCUGGAAGGUUCAGAAAGAAAUUGAGAGGGCAGAAGCAGAAGAAAAAUCAUUGAAAGAACAGCUUGAAAAAUCCAAGAAAAAUGAUGAUUUCAAAAAAAGACAGACAGAGAUGAAAGCCCAGGUGGAGGAAUUCAGGAAAAAGCGAGAAGAAGAAGAGGAGUUUGUAAGGAUUCAACAGGAGGAGUGGGAAAGAGAACAGAAAGAAAGACAGAAGCAGAUCUCAGCCAGAGAAAUAUCCAGGUUUAGGCAGAGGGAUCAGAAAUCUUUACAUGAGAAAUUAAAGAAGGAUAAAGUCAAAGAAGAAGAGCAAAAGGAAAAAGAAAAGCGAUUAGCACGAUUAAAAAGUCAGGUGGAAGUAGAAGUGGAUCGGGACCCAAACCGACUUCUACAACCAACUGCAGGUUGGAAAUCCAGGACCAAGGAGAUCGGUCCGAGUGGUUCAGGGCAGGUGAUGCACAUGCAACACAGAGCUGUUCCCUCCUGGAGACAAGGUUUACAUUAAUAAUGGCUACACACCUCUGGAGUGUAAGGACCAAAAUGUAUGAACGUUUGAAAAACAAAUUCCUGUGAUAUAAAUUUUAUUAUUCCUCUUUCUGAAUAAAUA